CGUGUCCCGGGCAGCGCCGGCCCUGCCUGCGGCUGCCUCCGCCUGCGGGGCUCGGGCAGCGCCUGCCCGGGGCUCCUCGGGCCAGGGCAGGGCCUGGGCCCCUCGCCCGCUCCUGCUGACAGACCCUGCCUCGCUCAGAGGACACGCGGCGUUCCCUCCCCGUUGCCCCCACAGCCCUUGCUGCUGUUCCUGGCUUCCCCUGGGUCUCUGCCGCGUUGCCCCUUGGGCCCCAGGCACCUUCUCAGCAGCGGGUGGAGUGAAAGACUGAAUCGACUUGGAGACCACUUUCUCUUAUGUACAAUAAUAAAGGAAAAACCUCUCUGAUAAAGGAAAAACCUUUGAGGCCUGUUUCUAAGAAAGUAGAGGCAUCUGUUUUUCACCACUGAAUAUUGGUGUUAUGUUUUUACAGCACAUUGACAAUUAAUACCAGUCCAUCCAACAAAACAUGAAGGCUAAAACCAAAGGAAAGAAACAAAGGCAAACCGUUGAAAAAGACGCAUUUUCUGAAGAGCCGGCAACGAGAAAAAAGGAACUGGUGAAAUGUUUGGGCCGCAAAGAAAGGAGAAAUGGGGGAAACAAGGAGAGCAGCAAGAUCCCCCCAGGCAGAGCCAGGCGUGCUUGGAGCAGCAAGGACAGGCUGCUGAGGAGGCUGGAAAGCAACGAGCGCGAGAGGCAGAGGAUGCACAAGCUCAACAACGCCUUCCAGGCCCUGCGCGAGGUGAUCCCCCACGUGAGGGCCGAGAACAAGCUUUCCAAAAUAGAGACUCUCACUCUGGCCAAAAACUACAUUAAAUCCUUGACCUCCAUUAUACUCAAUAUGUCCAACGGACACUUCCCAGCAGUAGAAGGGAUGGGGGGAGCCUGGGGAUCCAAAUUGUACCAGCAUUAUCAACAGCAGCAUGGGGAGGAUGACCAUGAGGAAAACCUACAGAAAUAUUCCACAUAGAUUCAUAACUUCAGCCAAAACACCAACUGCCAGCUACUACUGUCACGGUUUUUCCUUCUUACAUCAUAAUACAUAAAACCUAGAGGUUUAAAGAGA